GAGGGGUGAGAGAAGGGGAGUGUCCCGUCUCCUCUGCUGCAGCCCCCUCCCUCCGCCUGCUGCUCCCUCUCAUUCUCUUUCUCUCUCUUUCCCCUUACUCAUCUGUUUCUGUGGCAGAGGAAGGGCACCUGCCGCUCCCUGAUGAUUCAGCCUUUCAGCUGCUGGGAUCUCACAGACCAGACAGCAUGUCCGUCCCGCCACUGCAGCGUCCGUCCCGUCCUCUGCAGCGUCCGUCCCGUCCUCUGCCCUCCAGCUGCUGCAGCUGCAGCCGGCCCAUCACUACGCCUCUUCUGCCCAAGUGCUCAGCAAAUCUGAUGAAUCUAUAGAGAGACCGAUGAUUGUGUUUGUGGUGAAAGAGCAUGAGUAAGGAGCUCGUGUGCAGAAGGUUCUGCUCAAACCUCCCAGACUGUUAACAAGGUUCACCUCCGUCUGAAGACUCUGCAGCAUCACGAUGGAAAACGUGCCGGUGGUGCCCGGUGGCGGAGAGCCACCGUGUGACGCCCUGAGUUAAUAGUUGAGGUGUUCGGAGACUCUUCAUCCGGUGGUUGGACAGGAUGACUGAGGGAAUGGACGACCUCUCUGCAGGGCCGGCUCCCCCUCCUGGAUCUGCCUCCCCCACCGGCUCCACUGUUGAUUCUGGACAAGUCCCCAAGGAGAAACCUGAGGAGACGGAGGCAGCUGGUGAGAGCGGGGAGGAGGGCGCUGAGGGAGCUGCAGAGGGAGGCGGUGAUGGUGAUGGGGAGCAUCUGGGGGCUUUGGGAAUUGUGGCCUUGCCAGGGACCUGCUGUGUGUGCAUAGAGAUGGAACAGAUUAACAGUUGCCUGCACUCUGAGAAAAUCUGCAUCCUGCCCAUCCUGGCCUGUCUGCUCAGCUUAGCCCUCUGCACCGCUGGCCUCAAAUGGGUCUUUGUGGAUAAGAUCUUCGAGUACGAGCCGCCCACACACUUAGACCCUAAACGCAUCGGACAGGACCCAUUUAUCAUAUCAGUCGACCCCACGCUGGGACUAACUGUGUCGAUCCCUCAUUCAUCGCUGUCUCCCGUGUCCCUAACCACCGCCGUCCCCGUGACACCAGGACAUCCGGAGGUUUUAGUGGAGGAGCUGUCCACACGAGGGCCGUACGCGCCUCAGACUCCAGCUGUGACUCAGUCUGAUCCCUCUGUGACGCUGAAGUACAACGCUGAACGUACCCCCGUCCCAAAGCAGACCCCCCAGUCCACACAGGAAUUCAACGACAUUAUCGUCCCAACAAUCCCCACCAGCACCACCACUACAACCAAGACCUCCAGUCAUGUGACGCGCUGCAGCGACAGCCAGAGGAACUACUGCGUGAACGGAGGAGAGUGCUUCACCCUGGAAAUCACGCCCGGCAGCACAAAGUUUCUCUGCAGGUGCUUGGCGGGAUUCACUGGGCACCGAUGUGAACGAGCUGUGCUUAAGACGGUCUCAGACCCAAAACAAGCUGAGGAGCUGUAUCAGAAACGUAUUUUAACAAUAUCAGGAAUCUGCAUUGCACUCCUAGUCGUUGGAAUCAUGUGUGUGGUUGCCUACUGCAAAACAAAGAAGCAGAGGAAGAAGCUCCACGACCGUCUGAGGCAGACUCUGAGGAAUCAGAGGAACCACAACACCAACGCUGGAAUUGGUCCCAACUCUGCCACCUCAGCCCGAGCACGUCGGAUUUCUAACUUGCCUCUUCAAGAUUUGCAGCUCACCAAUAAAUGUAAUGGGACGACUCCGCAGCAUUCAGCCGAGAGGACGUCCGAGACGACCUUCUCCCCGAGCAAAUACGAAGCCACAACUCUCACCCACAUCUCCAGCCAGAGGUUUGUGUCUCUGGUGACCUCUCCUGUGACCCCGGGGUCUCCUCUGUCAGAGAUGUCGGCCCCCCUGUCCAGCCUGGCCAUCUCCAACCCCUCCGUGGCCCUGAGCCCCUCUGGUGAGGAGGAGCGCCCCCUGCUGUUGUCACGUCAGCCACACAAGAGCCGGGACGAGCAGAAGAGGACGUCUGCUCACUACAACCACGGUCACAUGGCUCACAGUUUACCGCCCAGCCCGCUGUUCCACCUGGAGGACGUUCAGUAUGACACCACAGAGCAGACGCCCUCAGCCUCGCCUGAGGUCCUCCACACAAACAACAACGUCAGUGACUGCAGCAGCAAAACAGGAGGAGUCAUUAAUGGUCACGUGCUGCGUGACGUGGAGUCCAGGGGUGACCGCAUGUUAGCUGAGGAGCCUCAGGGGGAACACGCGCCCUUCCUCACCACAGAGAGAGCUACGGCCCUGCUGCUCAGAGCUGCCGGCAGCAGCAGGACUAACUCUGCAUCGUGUCACGACCACGAGCCGCUCGAGUCGAACCGACCUGAUCCAGUCGCUGUGUGAAGAUCAAUGCUGCAAAUCUUUGGUGUGGAGGAAAAGAAGAAACUGUUACGAUUAAACCUUUAUUUUCUAUAAAUUAUUUGCUGUGUAAAGACUUUUAAAGAUAAACGAGAAAUGAAACUUUUAUUUUAGAGAAGUAGCGAAUAAAGAGUUUUAUAAAUAAAAUGUACAAAGGUGUUGAUGUCUUGUAGGUAAAGUGCCAUACACGAGUAUGAAGCGACGGUAUUUCAGUGCAGAAAAAUAUCAACGGUGCCUUUCUGUUUGAAACGCUUUAGAAACUGCAUCAGUGCAAACUGGGCCAUAUAUUCACCGUCGUAAUCUUCCAGUUAACAUGUAAAAAUGAAGAUGAGAAACUCGCUGGCUGCCUUUAACGUCCUGCAGGUCAAAGUGCACUGAUUUGAAUCUUAUGCUUUCGAGGUGCAUGCUACUGUUGGUUGUGCCGGCGUGAUGAGCGUGUAGGUGGCGUCCUCUGCAGCCGUCGGUCACCUGAUGACAUUUCACUGAAACUCUGGACUUCAACGCCUGGACUCAUGUCGAUGAAUAAAUGAUGAAUGAGAGGAUGUUUGUAUUCAUCACUGGACUUUUAGACAAACACAUCCCGCUGGUGGAGGAAAAGUUUGGCUCUUUAAUGUUUCCACUGAUGAGCAGAACACGAACCCAGAGAUUAUUCAUUUAAAAGAAAAAAGAUUCCUGGUUUUUCACCUUUUCCCAUAAUGCUUUAAUUCAUCACUAUCUGUGCAUUCACGAGCUCCUCAGACGGCCGCAGGUCUCCUGAAGUCCUUCUGACUCGGAAUGUGAAGAAAGGAGGUUGUUAAGUUUCAACAACUCGUCUUCACAAGCGUUGCAUGAAAACAAACAGAGCAAAAGAAUCAGACACGUGCACGUUAAUCAUGAAAACGUCUGUAUUGGAUCAGAAGUGCUGGACGUGCAGGUUGCAAGUAACAGAAGUAACAUUUGACAAGUUCUCGUUAAAAGCUACUUUUUAAAGCUGAUUGUAAAAUGAUUGUUUGUAAGUGAUGACGUGUUCUGACCUCAGGUGGCUUCAUGGGAACUCAUUGUCCUGAUUAUUCCGACAGCACUUGAACGCACCGUAAGAUGCAGCGUGAUUCUGGUGACGUCAUAAAACGUCAUAAAGAAGUCCACCAGCAUUUGUUUUUCUUCAGACAGAAACUCUCUCGUUACUCUUCACGUGUCACUGAUCACAUCUUGAAAUCAUGAAUAUUCACUGACUGGUGCAUUCUGGGGAUUAAGGAAAAGGCUUCAUAUUUACACGAUGCUUUAAUUUGUGCAGUCGUGGAUUGUGUGCAUUCGUUUCUCAUUGUGUGUGUGUAUGUUUUCACUGUCGUUAAAAUCUGCCAAAGUCUGUCACCACUUCAUGAAGCGUGAAAUAACCACGACGCUCUGUAACCAACCAUAGUUUCCUAAAGUGUAAGUAACGUAGAAUCUGCCGUGGCCACGUAGACGUGCUGCCCCAUGAACAAGAGAAGUGUUAACCGCGGCCAUACUUCUGUAUUUUACAUUAACACUCAAUUUAUUUCAUAUUUAUUUGGUAAUUCAUGCUUAUUACCAGCAUUAAUUACUGUGGCAGUAUGUGGUACAUACGUUUAUAUUUUAGAAAACAAGAUUUAAAAGUGUAAGAUACAUGUAUUUAUCUGUUCCACAUGGUCAUUAGAGCUGAGUAGAAGAUUUAAAGUGUCAUAUUUUGUCACUUGUGUGUAACAUGACCCACAAUGCUUUGCUUUUAGAUGUAGGAGUGUGUUGAAAUGAUGUAAAUACACCAUGAAAACCUUCAGCGCUGUGGUUUCUUAUUAAAUAUUCAAUCAGC